CGCAGAUGGCUGUGCAUGACUGUCCGUGUGAUUAGUCAGCCAUUAAAGUGUAGUUCCAGUACCGUGUAAAUUUUUUUGUUAGUUUUAUUCGGAUUAUUGUAGUCAUCAUUGUAGUGGUAGUGCAAAAUAAACUCAGGCUGAAUAUACGGCCUUUUGUCCGAUGUCUAGUGCUGAAGUGGCCAACAAUUCCAUAGAACCUCCAGCCAAGAAGCGGAAAAUUGCUACAGGAGAGACUGCUCCAGCGAACUCCGUUUCAAAGGCAAUAUCAGCCAUGGCGAAUAAUGGAUCUUUUGAUUCCAAUCAAGAAAUUGAUGAGGGACUUUACUCUCGCCAACUUUACGUUUUAGGACAUGAUGCCAUGCGACGAAUGGCAUCAUCUGAUGUUCUUAUUUCAGGUUUAGGAGGACUUGGUGUAGAAAUAGCUAAAAACGUAAUAUUAGGUGGUGUUAAAUCUGUUACAUUACAUGAUGAAACUGUAUGCACUAUAUCAGAUCUGUCUUCACAAUUUUAUUUAUCUGAAAAUUCUAUUGGUUUAAACCGAGCUGAAGUAUCUUGCCAGUUACUUGCUGAACUUAACAAUUAUGUUCCAACCAGAUCCUACACUGGACCUCUUACUGAUGAUUUUAUCAAAGGAUUUAGUGUUGUAGUUUUAACAAAUGCUUCAGAAGAAGAAAAAUUGAGAGUUUCUGAAAUAGCUCAUGCAUCUGAUGUAUCAUUAAUUAUAGCUUCAACUAUGGGUGUAUUUGCUCAAGUUUUUUGCGAUUUUGGGCGAGAAUUCAGUGUAGUUGACACAAAUGGUGAAAAUCCAGUUUCUGCUAUGAUAGCAAGCAUUUCUCGAGACGAAGAAGGUGUUAUCGCUUGUCUAGAUGAUACUAGACAUGGUCUAGAAGAUGGAGAUUAUGUUACUUUUUCUGAAAUUCAGGGAAUGACUGAACUGAAUGGCUGUGAGCCGACUAAAAUUAAAGUUCUUGGACCAUAUACAUUUAGUAUUGGCAAUACUUCCAAUUUUGGAGAAUACAUUAGAGGUGGAAUUGUUCAACAAGUAAAGAUGCCAAAAGUGCUGCAAUUUAAGUCAUAUUCAGAAGCUCUCAAAUCUCCUGAAUUUAUAUUUACUGAUUUUGGAAAAUUUGAUCACCCACAGCAACUUCAUGUUGCAUUCAAAGCUGUUGAAUCUUAUAAGAAAGAAUUUGGUAAGUUGCCAUCACCAUGGGACAACAAGAAUGCUUUAGAUUUUGUAAACUGUUGUAAAUCUGUAUUAUCUGACUUAAGCCUAGAUGUAGAAUUAAAUGAGAAGCUUAUGGAGCAAUUUGCUAAAACCUGUUCUGGAAAUAUGAAUCCUAUUGAUGCAUUUAUUGGUGGUGUUGUUGCACAAGAAGUGAUGAAAGCUUGUAGCGGAAAAUUUCAUCCAAUUUUCCAAUGGCUGUAUUUUGAUUCUAUUGAACUAUUGCCAAAUGAAGAUCUAGCUCCUAAUGACUGUGCACCUACUAAUUCUAGAUAUGAUGGACAAGUUGCAAUUUUUGGUACCGAGUUUCAGAAAACUUUAGGUGCCCUGAAAUAUUUUGUUGUUGGAGCUGGAGCAAUUGGAUGUGAACUUCUUAAGAAUUUUUCAAUGAUGGGUGUGGGAGCAGAUGGUGGAAAAGUAAUUGUUACAGAUAUGGACCUUAUUGAAAAAUCUAAUCUCAACAGGCAAUUUUUAUUUAGACCUCAUGAUGUUCAGAAACCUAAGGCAGCCACUGCUGCGAAGGCAAUUAAAAAGAUGAAUCCAUUAAUGAAUGUGAUCGCUCAUGAAAAUCGAGUUGGACCAGAAACUGAGAAAGUUUAUGAUGAUGCCUUUUUCGAGGACUUGGAUGGUGUUGCAAAUGCAUUAGAUAAUGUCGAUGCAAGGAUAUAUAUGGAUCGUCGUUGUGUCUACUAUAGAAAACCUCUGUUAGAAUCAGGAACUCUUGGUACUAAAGGUAAUACACAAAUUGUUGUACCCUUCCUAACUGAAUCUUACAGCUCAUCUCAAGAUCCACCUGAGAAAAGUAUUCCUAUAUGCACAUUAAAGAAUUUUCCUAAUGCGAUUGAGCAUACACUUCAAUGGGCUAGGGAUGUUUUUGAAGGCCUGUUUCGUCAAUCUGCCGAAAAUGCUGCUCUUUAUCUGAGUGAUCCUAAUUUUAUCGAUCGAACUUUACGUUUGCCUGGCGUACAGCCGAUGGAAGUCCUAGAAUCUAUCAAACAAGCUCUUAUUGAUGACAGACCAAAAUCCAUCGAAGAUUGUAUUACUUGGGCUAGAAAUCAUUGGCAAGAACAAUAUUCAAAUCAAAUCCGUCAACUUCUUUUCAAUUUCCCACCUGAUCAGAUGACAACUAAUGGUCAGCCUUUCUGGUCUGGUCCCAAAAGAUGCCCAGUAGCUUUAGAUUUUGAUGUGAAUAAUGACCUUCAUUUGGAUUAUAUUUUGGCUGCGGCUAACCUGAAGGCUGAAGUCUACGGUAUUCCCCAGGUCCGUGAUAGAAGCAUUAUUGCCAAAAUAGUCCAGAAUGUUGAGGUCCCUGAAUUUACUCCUAAAUCAGGUGUAAAAAUUGCUGUAACUGAUUCGCAAAUGGCCAAUGGAGCUGGUGGGCAAGUUGAUCAAGAUAGAAUUGGACAGUUGCAGAACGAACUACCUUCAAAAGAAAUGUUCAACGGCUUAAAUAUCACACCCCUCGAAUUUGAAAAAGAUGAUGACAAUAACCUUCAUAUGGAUUUCAUCGUUGCUGCAUCAAAUUUGAGAGCUGCGAAUUACAACAUACCUCCAGCUGAUAGACACAAAAGUAAGUUGAUAGCUGGUAAGAUUAUACCAGCUAUCGCUACUACAACAUCAGUCGUUGCUGGUCUAGUUUGUAUUGAACUCAUGAAGUUGGCUAAGGGUUAUAAAGAUAUAAGUUUGUUUAAGAAUGGUUUUGUUAAUUUGGCGCUUCCAUUCUUUGGAUUCUCUGAGCCUAUAUUAGCACCCAAAUUGAAGUAUUACGAAAAUGAAUGGACAUUAUGGGAUCGAUUUGAAGUUACUGGAGAGAUGACUCUUAAGGAGUUCAUCGAUUACUUCAAGGAUAAACAUCAGCUGGAAAUAACAAUGUUAUCCCAAGGUGUUUGUAUGCUGUAUUCCUUCUUUAUGGCUAAGAGCAAAUUAGAAGAUAGACUUAAUCUUCCAAUGUCGGAAGUGGUUCGUAGAGUUUCUAAAAGAAAACUUGAACCUCACGUAAAAGCACUCGUGUUUGAACUUUGCUGCAAUGACACCGAUGGCAAUGAUGUGGAAGUACCUUAUGUGAGGUAUACAUUGCCUUGAUCCACAUAAAACUAUUAUUAAUUUAAAUCAUGAUUGAAGUCACAGGGUUUUCUAAAGUCUCAAGUGUGGCUGCUGUUUUUUUUUACAAUGGAGAAUGCACUGCGAGAUUCACAAUUGAGAGAAUAGUCUAUUUGGUGACAUCUUCAGAUAAAUCAAUAUUGUGCUUAAUGAUUGUAGCACAUCUGUGAUAUAAAAUCAUCAGACAUCAUAAAUUAUUAUUAUUUCUAUUGUGCAUUUGUUUAUAGUUGAAUUUUUAUAAUUCAUUAUCUUAGAUAGCUAAUUAUAAAUUAAUAUUUGCUAUGUAAUGUUUGAAGUGUUACAAUUAUUUUUUUAAUCUUUUUUUUUUUCUUUUUUUUUUUAAAUUUAAAUUUCUUCACAAUAUUUGAGCCGUUUAUUCAAGUGUAUUUAACAAUUUAGAAGCACUUGCUGAAUUGGGCUUUGUUAUAAUUGUAUCCUUAAAAUGUAUUGAAUGAAAUAAAUAGUAUUUUAGAGAAGAAUUCUUGCUUUUCCCCAAAAGAAUUUUUUUGUUAAAUUCAUGGUGAGUCUAAAUUAAAUUUCAAGUGUGUUGGCUGAAUACACGAUUGAUAAAUCCAUUAUUACAUUUCAUUUUUGAAUAUAAGAUUUUUUUUGUUUGCUAAUAUUUCAUUUUUUAAUGUUAUGUUGUUAAUCAGCCAUUUUAAUGAAGAAUUAAGUCUAUAUAUUGGUAAUUAUUUUAUGUGAGUUCAACUAGUUUAUUAACAUAAUUUGAAUAAAAUUUCAAUAAUUUCAUCGGUUUUAAUAUUUUUAUCACGGUAUUCUAUAAAUUUAAUAAUUUUAGAAUUAUAGUAAAGAAAUAAAUACUAAUUUAGUUGAA